UCGUGUUUCUCAUUAUAGUUGUGUUAGAUGUCAAGAUAAAGAAUCGUAUUUUGCUCGCACAAAUAAAUGUGCGAAUCGAAAUGUAAUUAGUGUACAUAUAUUGUUAUAGUAAGUUUUCAAUUAAAAAAACAAUGGCAUGGAUGCAGGUUAAAGAACAUCUAGGAUUUGCCAUUGAUAAUUUUACGCAUGGGACCCCCUAUGCCCUACCAUUAACAGUUAGGGAAGUAGUAUGCAUAUCACAGGAGUGUGGGGAUUGGUACUAUGGACGUAGGUACUAUGGACGUAGUAAUUGUAAAGAAGCUUGUGGAAUUUUUCCAAAAUCUUAUAUACAUAUUAUGCAACAGUCAUUAAGUAUAGAUUGUUUAAUACAUGAAAUCACCAAUGUUUUGAGAGAAUGGGGACACCAUUGGAAGCAUCUAUAUGUGACACAUUCAGAACAUUUCACUACAAUGCAGCAACAAAUUUUGGAAUUAAUAGAAUAUAGAAGCAAAAUUUUAAGUGGCACAUUAACAGUGGAUGAAUUGAAAGAUAUGAAAAGAUUAGCAACAGCUAGAAUUGACACUGGUAAUCAAUUAUUGGGCAUUGAUAUGGUCGUUCGAGAUGAUCAAGGAAAUGUUCUUAAUCCAGAGGAAACAAGUACAAUUCAAUUGUAUUAUCAUCAUGAAACAGCUGCAGAAAGAAUACGAAAAGCUGCUAAUGAUACAAAAAAGAAGCUUUCAAAACCACAAGCACCUGUAUACUCACAUAUCUUUUUCGUUAGUGUAAGGAAUUUUGUAUGUAAAAUGACUGAAGAUGUAGAGUUACUGCUAACGUUAUAUGACGGCCGUGAAAUGAAAGCAAUCACAGAGAACUAUGUGGUAUCAUGGAGUAAAGAGGGGCUUGCCAGAGACAUAGAUCAGCUUCAUAAUCUUCGCGUUUUAUUUACCGAUCUUGGCUCUCGAGAUUUAGCCAGGGAUAAAGUUUACUUAGCUUGUUAUGUAAUUAGGAUAGGAAGUAUGGAAGCUAAAGAUAUUGAUCACCGACGCACGAGCGUUGCACAAACUAUUCAAAAAGUGAAAAGCACAGAAAACAUGAGAAGACCGUUUGGUGUAGCAGCAAUGGACAUUACUUUAUACAUUACUGGCAAACUUGAAGGUGAUCCAGAUCAUCAUCAUUUCAUUCCAUUUGUCCAAUGUUGUGAGAAAGAAAGUUUAGAUGGUACAUUACGCAGAAUUCUUUCCCAAAAAGAAACAAAUAUACAGAAAAGUGGUAAUGGCAGUGGGAACAAUUUUGCUGGUGGCCAAGGGUUGUGGGCUAGUUUAAAGUUGCUUAGAGGAGAUCCAAAACAAGUACGAGACGAGAACCCUCAUCUAGUAUUUGGUAAUGUUGCUAUUGCAAGGAAAAUGGGAUUCCCAGAAGUUAUUUUACCAGGUGAUGUGAGAAAUGAUUUAUACCUCACAUUGAUUAGCGGUGAAUUUAAUAAAGGGUCGAAAUCUACGGACAAAAAUGUUGAAGUUACGGUUAAAGUAUGCAACGAGUUUGGCACGCGUAUACCAGGUGUUAUAACACUGGGUGGUGGAGCUUCACCAAUUGACGAAUAUCGUAGUGUUAUUUAUUACCAUGAAGAUAAACCUAGGUGGUGUGAAACAUUUAAAAUUGCUAUACCUAUUGAAGAAUUUAAGCAAGCCCAUUUAAAAUUCACGUUCAAACAUCGCAGUUCGAAUGAAGCGAAAGAUAAAACCGAGAAACCUUUUGCUUUAAGUUACGUAAAAUUGAUGCAACGUAACGGAACGACAUUGCAAGAUAUACAGCAUGAAUUGCUAGUUUAUAAAUUAGAUCAGAAGAAAUACGAAGAAACUGAUAUUAUGUAUUUGGUACUGCCAUCAACGAAGGGUGAAUUGGUUGAAUUAAAUGUUGAAAAGAAACCAUCUAUGGGAGCGCUUACUUUAAGUACUAAAGAUAGUUUUUUGAUAGCAACAAAUAUUUGUUCAACGAAACUAACGCAAAAUGUAGACUUGUUAGGCUUAUUGAACUGGGCGUCGCAUAAUACAGAUUUAAAGGAAUCUCUAGCUGCCUUAAUGAAAGUUGAUGGUGAAGAAGUUGUUAAGUUUUUACAGGAUGUUUUGGAUGCUUUGUUUAAUAUACUAAUGAGUAAUUCAGAUAGUGAUUUUUAUGAUGAUAUGGUAUUUGAGUGUCUUUUAUACAUUAUUGGCCUUGUGUCUGAUAGAAAAUAUCAACACUUUCAACCAGUAUUAGAUUUAUAUAUUUCUGAGAGUUUCUCUGCGACACUCGCUUACAAAAAAUUGAUUGCAGUAUUACGUAAACGUAUAGAUAAUGCCACUAAUAAUGACGGACAGGAACGUGAUAUACUUCUUAAAACAAUGAAAAGUCUACAAUAUUGUAUGAGAUUUAUCGUUGAAUCGCGUCUUUUAUUCACUGAGCUAAAUCAAGAUGAAGAAGAAUUUUCCCAAACCUUAACAGAAUUAUUGAAAUCUAUUGUUGAACUUAUGAGACACGAAACAGACAGUACCUUAUUAGUUCAAGGAGCGUGUCUUAAAUAUUUACCAACUACCAUACCUCACUUAUUACGAGUAUACAGCGGCAAACAGUUGAGCACAAUUUUGACUGACUUAUUAGUUACUUUACCAGCAGGAAGAUUGACUAAACAGAAAAUGAUGACAGUGAACGACAUUGUUCAUAGUCCUCUUUUUCUAAAUGCAGAGUGUAGAGCAAUUCUACUUCCUAGGAUUACUAUUUUGGUUCGGGAUUUACUGGAAGCUAAAGAGGAGGGGCUGUCAAGUACGCCUGGAAAAAGCGUGGCGAAGGUAGCCAGGCUGCUCGGCGAAAAUCGACAUCGACUCAACCAGCACCGCGGCUAUUCUGAAGAGGUAGAAUUAUGUGUCAAGAUUUUAUCUGACAUCUUGGAAUUAACGUUUAGAAAAGAUAUAGGAAGCACAAUGCAAGAUGUGAAAGAAAUUAUGCUUACAGCCUUGAGGACUAUCAUACAAACUGUUAUAUCGAUGGAUAGGGAAAAUCCAUUAGUUGGGAAUUUAGUUUCAGUUAUGUUAGCAAUAUUUAGACAAAUGACACAGCACCAUUAUGAGAUUUAUAUAAAUCACUUUGGAACUAAAUUUGAUUUGCUUGAUUACCUUAUGGAAAUAUUGUUAGUGUUCAAGGAUUUAGUUUCAAAGAGUGUAUUUCCGGCAGACUGGUGCGAUAUGAUUAUGCUUCAAAGCAGUAUAAUCUUAAAAUCGCUACGUUAUUUCUCGGGUACUAUCAGGGAUUAUUUUUUCACUGAUUUUGAACAACAGGCGUGGUCCAACUUUUUCCACUGCGCUAUUGCAUUUUUGACCCAGCCUGUAUUACAAUUAGAAACAUUUACGCCAUCGAAACGCAAUCGUAUUGUUUUGCGUUACAAUGAUAUGCGCAGGGAAACAGCGUUUGAAAUACGAUCAAUGUGGUUUAAUCUGGGGCAACAUAAGAUAUUGUUUGUUCCUGCUUUAGUUGGGGCCAUAUUAGAAAUGGCAUUAAUUCCAGAAAGUGAAUUGAGAAAAGCAACUAUACCCAUAUUUUUUGAUAUGAUGCAAUGUGAAUAUUAUAGUUCGCGCAUUGUUGAAGGAUAUGGCGAUACAAAAAGAGAUCCUGCUCAUAUAAAAGCUAAUUUUACGGAAUAUGAAAAUGAGAUGAUCGCGAAAUUAGAUAUUUUAGUUGAAGGGGGUAAGGGGGAUGAACAAUUUCGUUUACUUUGGAUUCAAGUAAUGGGCAAUCUUUGUGAAAACCACUCGACUAUGCGGGAACAAGGGUUACGUUUUGUUGAUACAGUUGCUAAACUCAUGGAACGGCUAUUGCAGUAUCGUGAUAUUAUUCAUGCCGAAUCUCAGGAACAUAGAAUGUUAUGUAUCGUGAACUUGCUAGAAUUUUACUCUGAAAUAAAUAGGAAGGAAAUGUAUAUCAGAUAUGUAAACAAGCUCUGUGAAUUACAUUUAGAGUGCGACAAUUAUACCGAGGCUGCAUAUUCUCUGAAACUUCACAGUCAAUUAUUAGCAUGGAGUGACCAACCAUUGCUACCCAUUUUAAGGUCACAUAGGUAUUUAUCGUGUCAAACACAUCGCGAAUUGAAAGAAGCAUUGUACAAUGAUAUGAUCGAAUACUUCGAUAAGGGUAAAAUGUGGGAAUGCGCGCUUGCAGUUUGUAAAGAAUUGGUUGCACAAUACGAAGAGGAAACAUUUGAUUAUUUGCAACUUUCUAUACUGUUAAUACGAAUGGCUAAAUUUUAUGAUUCUAUAGUAAAACAAUUAAGACCCGAGCCUGAAUACUUCAGGGUUGCAUACUACGGCCGAGGGCAUCCUGCUUUUUUACAGAACAAGGUAUUUAUAUACCGAGGAAAGGAAUACGAACGACUUAGUGAUUUUUGCUCGCGAACGUUAAACCAAUUACCAAAUGCAGAGCAGAUGAAUAAAUUAUCUCCUCCUACUCCGGAAAUACUAGAAUCCAAUCAUCAAUACGUUCAAAUUAACAGAGUAGAUCCAUUAAUGGAUGAAAAGAAGCAUCGACUUAGUGGGAAACCUAUAACAGCGGAAGCAGUGUUGAGGUAUCAUCGAGUAAAUGAUGUCCAACGUUUCCGGUUUUCGAGACCAGCGCCAAAGAAAGAUUUAAUCUCAGCUAUGAUAAAUUCCGGUGAUAAAGAAAAAGAACCAACUACCGUUACCAAUAAUGAAUUCGCUUCAUUGUGGCUGGAGAGAACAGUUCUAGUCACAAGUCAUCCUUUGCCAGGCAUUCUUAGAUGUUUCCCGGUUACAUCUAGCGAAACGUACUUGGUCAGUCCUCUUCGUAACGCGAUCGAAACGAUGGAAGCUACGAACACCGCGUUGAAAAAUCUGAUCGUAGCUCAUAAAGCUGAUCAUAGUCUUCCACUAAAUCCACUCAGUAUGAAACUUAAUGGCAUUUUGGACCCUGCAGUAAUGGGCGGUAUAGAUAAUUAUGAGAAAGCCUUUCUCAAUCCCGAAUAUAGAAACUCCCAUCCGGAAGAAAGUUCCGAUCUUCUGAAAUUAGAAGGAUUGAUUGCUGAACAAGUCCCGUUAUUAGGCGUCGGUGUACAGGUUCAUAAAGCGCGGGCUCCUCCUGAAUUAGCACCGUUUCAUCAACGUCUGGAACAAUGUUUCGUCUCAAUGCGAGGCCAAGUAGAAACAAAGUAUGGAAAGAGGACAUGCGAUUUACAAAUCGAAACUAUAACCCAAACUGUCACAAUGCGAAGACCGCAGGCGUCUAGAGGCGACAAUCAUCGUCUUUCCGAGUCAAAUAUAAUAAAUUCAGACUGUGGAACUCACUCCAGGGUAUCCUCUCUUACAAGAUCCCAAGUUGCAACGUUCAAGUCGCUCGCAUCAUUCAAUUUUAACAACAGUACACCCUCAUCUGGUGCUCAGAACAUCAGUUUAUCAAGGAAUGCGUCAAUACGUUCGCAUAUCUUAUCAACGGCUUCCCUGCAAAAGGCAUUAGGAAGUCCUACGCCAGGGACAAAUAAGAAGAAAGAUUCAAAACGAAGAAACUCGCGGAAAAGUGAUUCAGCCGUUUCGAUAAAAAAUGAUCAACCGACAAGUCAGUGGUACACUACCACGGAAAUUUCCCACAGUACAUCGACCCCUAUUACUCCAUUAAUAUCCAGUUUUCCUACUACGCCGAUAUUUGAACUUCGUCAGGAGCUUACGCCAAAGCGCCCUUUGAGAUCCGAGGUCGAAAAAGAGAGACGAAUAAGCAAUCGCUUAUCAGGCCAGUCUCAACAUUAUUUGAGGAAUGUAAACAAUGGUACGGAUUCUAGUAGUUUAGGAAAAGGAAAUAGGGACAGUAUUGGCACAACGGACAGUACAGCUUCGGAAGAUGAUCCACCGCCCCCUUUACCCGUGAAAACACGUGAGGCUGAUUAUUGUAAUCUUCCUGAAGAAUUACCUGUUGUCCAUUGCGGGACAGGUAGUUUGAACAAUUUGAAUCGACCUCUAGGGCACUGGUCAAAAAAUAAGCUUCCUACUCCUACAGACGAUCUUGACGUACAAACUAAACCACCUACUCCGCCACCAAAACCAAAAAGACCGCCCUACAGCUUAAACAAGCUUAUGCUUCCUACUGGCGAUGUAGACAAUUUUAGUCAAGAUCCGUCCGUAACUUGACACAGAUCACUUCAUGAUCGUUCAUCUUGCCAGUGUACUGAAAAUUACGUGUAAUAAUAUAUUUAUACAAAUCUUAGUUUCGCAGUACGAAGGUAGAAAGUUACCAUUUACAUAUUCUUUUCUGUACCUUUGUUUCUUAUACAGACAUGGAAAUAUCUAUUAAUCUAAAUAUCUAUGUGCGUACACGAAUAUCAAUUGGCCUACAAUUGUGGUAAUACCAUACACGUUUGCCUUUAUUCCAUCCAAUUGAGAAAAUUUCUGGACAAACUAUAUGCAUCACACAGGCUGGUGAUAAAGGUAUAAUAAUUGUAUAUGGAGGCACAUUUAUAUUGUAAAGAUUUCAAACGAUAUUUUAUAAGUAUAUUUACAAAAUAGGCUUGAGAUUUUCUCGUAUUCACAAAUAUCAACUUACGUAUCGCGCGUAUUUAAAGAGCUAAUGCCAUUGACAGUCUUUCAUUCAUAAAAGACUUUUUAUUUGUCGCGAGACAAAAAUAUAAAGUAUGCAUAAUAUACUAAUUAAAAGCAGAUAUUACAAUUUUUACUACGUAUUUUUAUAGAUUUUGAUAUUAGGCGUUUACACUGUUUUCUCAACAGUAACACACUUUUGAACAAACUUUACUGUUACCGUUACUAAUCUUUUUUACGGUUUUGCUACUGACAAAAGAUUCAGAAAGCUAUUUUUGAACUGAAAAUAUAUUUAGCAUCUAUUUGUUCUUGAUGCUCGAUUUUAUACUAGAAGCCUGUUUUUCGUUUGCCAAACUAGUGUUAUUGACACGUAGUUAUUACCUGAGCAUUACCAAUCUAUUGUGAUUUAGUAGAGUAAGAUUGAGAAUUUGUUUUAUAUAACAAUUGACAAGCUAACUAUAGUCUUGUAAAUGUUAAAUUAUUUGAAACAAUGAAACAUAAUUUUAUAUAGUUCUGAAGCAUAAAAAACAGUGAAUCAUCAGUAAAUUUAUAUGUUUAUUUAUUGUAUUGCUGUAUGAUACCAUGACAGAUUAUUAUGAAUGAAGAAUUUUUAAUAUGAUUUUACAAAAUUACACGAAUUUGUUAUAAAGCACUACAUCGCUUAAUAGAACUAAUGUUUUCAAUAUGCUAAACAUAUACGCAUAUAAACAAUUUCUAAACGUAGAAGCAAUCGCACUUUCGAUUAUAAAAUAUUAUGUGACAUUUUUGACCGCAAUAUCAUGCGAGUCUAAUACCAAAGAGAUUAGUGCUUUAUUUAUUUACUUUGUUAGCAAGUUGUAUGUAUCAUUUAAGAAAUGUUAUAUAACAUAUUAUCUGCUUAAAACAAAAACAAUAAACGUAUUCAAUAGUUUUUUUUUUUUCUUAAUUAGUCGAGAGCAGAAAGUUAUAUAUUAUAAUUGUAGCAUGUAGUUUUAGUUUGUUUCUUGAAAUUUAUCAUUAACAGCAAGAAAAAUAUUGGUAGCAUACAUUUAAUGUGCCAUUCGACUUUUUUUUAAUUAGAAGUAAUUCAUUUUAAUUUA